AUGGCACUUCCAACGCCACCAGAGCCUCCGACCCUCGACAACAGAGUCCAAGCUCUGCCACAGGAACUGCAAGACAGCAUUCUGGACCUCACCAUUGGCAUUCACGACUCGUUUUGCACGAUGGCGAUCGACGGCAAGUACAAGUCACCACUUGGCUUGCAAAUCAGUCGAGCAACACGAGCCAAGUUCGCCAACCACUACUACGGCGGAGGCUACAUUUUCCACACCGGCGUUUUCCAGACGAGAGUGGCCAACCUGGACCUCACGCGCUUCACUUGCAGAACGUAUUACUGGGAUGAAGAGGGAUUUUACUACAAGACUAUCGCCAUCGGCCUCGGGCCGCCAAUGUAA